AUGAAGGAUACCCGCAUCCGUCGAUAUCAUGAUCCAAGCUCGAAAGCGUAUUCAGGACGAGCAAAGCGGGUCAUUUGGUUGAAAGAAACCGAUCGUCGUAAACCUCGUAAUGGUCCAGAUCUCGGUACCCGCAAAGGACGCAAAGGGAAGACUCAACAACACGUCGAGAAGUCAUCAAAGAGGGCUGUGCAAGAUGCUGCAGCUGAGGAGAUUA